CCUCCCGGGGGCAAUGGUGAAAGAAAAGAAAAGAACGGACAGGAAGGGAGACAAGUCCAUCCUCUCUCCCGCGUCCCUCUCGGAUUACCCGGAAUCGGCCAAGCCAGAUGGCAGCGCCAGCAGGCCGGAAGUGUCCUCGAGCAGGGUCCCUGCCUCGGGGGCGCAGCUCAAGGGCCUCAAGGAGUGCAGCAACACACAGAACAAAGAUGCCACUCAGUACGAGGAGCCCGUCCUGACCAGGCUCAUCGUGGAGAGUUACGAGGGGGACAAGGUGCGGGGACUGUACGAAGGCGAAGGCUUUGCUGUCUUCCAAGGAGGUUGCACGUACCAUGGGAUGUUCUCCGAGGGACUCAUGCACGGCCAAGGGACUUACAUCUGGGCCGACGGACUGAAAUACGAGGGGGACUUUGUGAAAAACAUGCCCAUGAACCAUGGCACCUACACGUGGCCGGAUGGCAGCGCCUACAACGGGGAGGUGGUCAAUGGCCGGAGAAGCGGCUUCGGCAUGUUCCGGUGCGGCACGUGGCCUGUGUCCUACGUCGGCCACUGGUGCCACGGCAAGCGGCACGGGAAGGGUACCAUCUACUACAAUCAGGAGGGCACCUCUUGGUAUGAGGGAGACUGGGUGUACAACCAGCGCCAGGGCUGGGGCAUACGAUGUUAUGCAUCUGGAAACAUCUAUGAAGGUCAGUGGGACAACAGCACGCGCCAUGGGGAAGGCAGGAUGAGGUGGCUGAAGAGCAACGAGGAGUACGUGGGCCAGUGGGAGAGGGGCGUCCAGAACGGCUUUGGGACGCACACGUGGUUCCUCAAGAGGAUCCCCAACUCCCAGUACCCCUUGAGGAAUGAGUACGUAGGGCAGUUUGUGGACGGGCGGCGCCACGGUCACGGGAAGCUCUACUAUGCUAGCGGUGCCACGUACGAGGGCGAGUGGGUUUGUGACAGGAAGCAUGGCAUGGGCCGGCUGACGUUUAAGAACGGGCGCGUGUACGAGGGCCUGUUCCACAACGACCACAUCGCCCUCUUGGCUGACCACGAGGCUGAGGUCUCCAGCAGCUGUAGCUUCGAGCUGUCCUCAGACACGCCCACCAGGUGCCAGCAGAGCCCAUCCUUCCUCAGCGCCGAAAUCAUCAGGAGGCUGGAUGGCAGCGAGAGCCACACGGUGCUGGGCUCCAGUGUGGAGCUCAGCAUCAACCUGCUGCUGAACAGGUACCCCAAGAAGGACCAGCCUGAGGAGAAGCGCCAGGUGGAAUACGCUGUGCUGAGGAACAUCACGGAGCUGAGGAGGAUCUACAGCUUCUACAGCAGCCUGGGCUGCGAUCAGUCGCUCGACAACACCUUCCUCAUGACCAAGCUCCACUUCUGGCGCUUCCUCAAGGACUGCAAGUUCCACCACUACAAGCUCACCCUCGCCGACAUGGACAGGAUACUGAGCGCCAACAAUGAUGACAUACCAUUUGAAGAAAUCCAUUCUCCAUUUAGAACUAUCCUUUUAAGGACCUUCCUGAGCUACCUGUUGCAGCUGGCUUACCACAUCCACCACGCAGAAUACCAGGACAGAAGCCCAUCUCUCUGCUUGUGCUUCUCCCGGCUGAUGACUGAAAACAUCCACCCCAACGCCUGCCAGGUCAGAGGCAACUUGUUCAGCGAGCAGCAGCGAACACUGUAUUCCAUGAAUUACAUUGACAAGUGCUGGGAGAUCUACAUGGCCUACUGCAGACCCAGUGGCAGCCUACCACAUGAGCCAACCAUGACCAUGAGGCACUUCCUCUGGAUGUUGAAGGACUUCCGGAUGAUAACUAAGGAGCUGUCAGCCACGCGGUUUGUGGAGGUGCUGGUGGAAGAUAACCCCUUCAUCUCUGACGGGAUUGACAGCAACUUGGAGCUCGAGCUGGUUUUCCUGGAAUUCUUUGAAGCUCUACUGAGCUUCGCGUUGACCUGUGUGUCGGAGCAGACGACUAAAUCCUACUUCGUCUCCUACGACGACGUGUGUGGGGACGACGAGGGAACUCUUCAGCCGCCCGUGAAUCAGAGCCUCCACAGAAGCCGAAGUGCAGCCACGAGCCACGAGUCCAACGCUGCUCACUCGGGCAGUGGCAAGUCCUCCUCUGGGAAGCUGGCAUCCGUGCCUGGAAGCAACAGACCAUGGAAAUCCGAGCCCAAGAUCAGGAAGUCUUUAAGCGAUGAGAGAGUUUCCAAAGUGAACUUUAAGCCUGCAGUAAAGGGGCUAACGUUUGUACCUGAAAACGAGAAAUACGAGAAGCCCAGGUUCGAGAAUGAAAAACUCAACAUGUGGAUCCACAACAUGUACGUGUUCUUCGUGAACGUCCUCUUCGUGGCUUACAAGUGGGAAGAGACGCUGAAGGACAAGGUGAAGGAGAACCGGCUGCUGGAGGAGGCAGCGGCGCGGCAGAGGAGGAUGGAGGACGAGGCACUGGAGGCCAAGCUGUCCCUGUUACAAGAGGAAGAGGCCAAAAGACAAGACCAGGAGAUCAGCAUCGUGGUGCUCAAGGAGCCAGUGGACGCCCCGCCCACAGGCCAGACGCCCAGCCCCCCCAAGGAGGACGCGGCUGCGCCCCAGGCCGGCAAGGCCAUUCCGGGCAAGAGGAAGAAGAAGUGAAGGCGGCCGGCGC